AUGGUUGGACCUAGAGGAUUGGAAACAGAAAGGUUUUAUUUCAGUGAAAACGAAAAGGUUGUAGCCCUCGGUAAAUUUGCAGCAGCAGGAAUAGCAUCCAUUUUGGAGUCGUACAAUGUUACCUCCGAAUGUGAAAAAAUUACCAUGUACAAAGUAUUCAUUGUUCAAGAAUACAAACUCGACAACAUUCGUGACAUCGGACAUCAUUUCUACGAAAUAAUUUUCAGCCUAGCUUUACCGGCAUACGGCAAGUUUAAAACUCAAAUUCGUGAAGACCAGCACGGAAAGUUUGAGCUGGCAGGUGAUUACUAUGAUCGUCUCGACAAGUAUGGUGACAAAGGGGAUUGCAUGAAAAGUUCUCAAUUGAAAAAAUUCUGUACAUGUAAGACACCCACCACAACGACCGCAGAAUCGACUUCAUCGUUGCCGAUAUUCUCUCGAUCUCUACCUCGUGAAACCUCGCAGUCUCAACUUGUCAACAAAACAGAGAGUCUGUCCUCUCAACUUCACCCUAGUAAAACCUCGCAACCUACAUUUGUAAACAGAACAGAACCCUUCCCACCUCAUCCUAGUAAAACCUCGACUCAUCCUCGUGAAACAUCGGAAUUUGAAUUUGUCAACAAAACAAAGGGGUUAUCCUCUCAACCUUAUCCUAGUAAAACCUCGCUUCUCCCUGGUAAAGACUCGGAAUCUACAUUCGGCAACAAUACUAACAGCCAUCCUAAGAGGUCGACCAGUCCUCAUCGCUGA